AUGAUUCCACACAUUAGAUGGUUUCAAAUUCCCGGAAAAGCUUUUUGGCGAAGUGUUAGUCCAUUUGAACAAAUCUUUCCUAAACAAUUAUAUAGGGAUAUAAUUGGAUAUCAUAUUGAUCCUGAUACAUCAUCAA